AUGUCGGAACCACUUGCAAAGAAACCGAAAAUAAAAAACACUACAACCACCACAAGUAACAGCAAUGAUCCACACAGCGAUACACCGACAAAGAUCCUGAGAGCAAUAAGCGCGUGCAAGAACUGUCGAAUACGAAAAGUUCGAUGUGACCAACGGCACCCCAAAUGCACCAGGUGUGAGCAAAGCGGACUCGAGUGUAUAGGCAUCGACGCAUCCACGGGGAGAGAAGUACCGAGAAGCUACGUUGUGCAUCUAGAGGACAAAAUCCGCCAACUCGAAGCAAAAUUGGCUCAGUUUACUGAAGGUGCGGGCACCGGGAAUGUAGCGGGUGAUACUGUUGCCGAAAUCGUGACUGUUGCGGAACAAGAGUCAAAAGGCACAACUUUGCUAGAGAGACCCACCAUCGUUGAAAAUGGCAAGAAUGGUGUUGGAAAAGGAGGCGCAGGAGCAGGAGGUGACAUUUCAUUUCUGAAGUUGAUGUCCACCGCUGUCAAAGUCCAGCGAAGGAACGAAAAGAAAAAUCACUUGAACGAGGAGGCACUCGGUGAAGAGCCGCAAGUUGCAGCCACCAGCGAUCGAGACGACGUGCCAGAGCUGGAGCAAGCUGCGGUUCUCCCUCCGAAAAGCACAGCCUUGCUCUUUUGCCAGAAUUUCUUCCACCAAUGCAACCCCCAGUUCCCCAUCUUCCACCGCGAGGAGUUUAUUCGUGAUGUGUUUAUUCCGAUAUACGGGCCGGUACCGAAGGAGCAGUUCAACUUUGCCAGCAACAAUGGAUCCAUCAAUGACAGCUUUUGGAGCGACAAAGUAGAACUGGAUACUUCGUCAAGCUACUGGUUCAACACUUAUAAGCAACAGUUCCAGCAAAUUCUCGCUACUACAAAGGACCCCAACGCCGACAUCAAAAAGAUUUCAAACAGCAUCGUGGCCCCGAAACGAUACCACAAGGCGUUGUUUUUCAUAAACAUGGUGUUUGCAGUCGCCUCGUCGGUGCACCACCUCCGCUACCCGCUGCACAUUUCCGAGUCGUUUAGACUCGCCGCGAUGAAUUACUACGACGCAGUCAAGCACGGACCGGACCAGUUGAUUGCAUUGCAAGGCAUCUUACUAUACGCGUACUACUCCAUCAUGCGACCGACAAACCCCGGCAUCUGGUACAUCGUGGGCGAGGCACUACGGAUAUGCGUCGAUUUGGACUUGCAGAAUGAGAUGAAGACCAAGUCGAAGCAAAACUUCAACAUUGACUCCUACACUAGGGAUAAACGGAGACGAAUAUUUUGGUGCACUUAUUCCAUCGAUCGGCAGAUUUGUUUUUAUCUCGACCGACCGUUUGGCAUCCCGGAUGAAAGCAUCAAUACGCCUUUGCCUUCAAUUGCUGAUGACCUGGCGUUGAAACCGACGGGAUUCUCUUCUUCGUCUGCUGGUGCUGGUGCUGAUGAGUACCCAAACCGUGACGAACAAAAACAACAGGUGGCCAGCUACAAGACGGUGUCGCUUGCGUUUCUCAACAUGAGGAAAAUCCAGAGCGAGGUGACCAAGAUUCUAUACACUGGUGCUGAAAUACCGAGAAAAUACGUGGAUUUGGAACACUGGAAGACCGACGUCUUGUACAGGCUUAGCCAAUGGCUCGAAAACCUACCUUCGCCAACGCAAAUGAACUCCGAUUUCAAUGCCAUUUUCUUUAAACUAAAUUAUCACCAUACGUUGCUUUACAUCCACGGAUUAGGACCUCGAAAUUUCAAUUUGUCUCGCGAGGAUUUUCUCCAAGUUUCAAUCUCGUCAAAGGAAGUCAUCGAUGUCUAUAUCCAGUUGCUCAUGACCAAGAGCGUCAAUUACACGUGGGCGGGCGUCCACAAUUUGUUCAUGGCCGGCACGUCCUAUCUUUACGCAUUGUACAACAGCGAGGCGAUACGAAGAGACAACCCCUUGGACACGGUGCGCUACUUCACUUCGAGCUGCUUGCAAGUUCUCCUGUCGCUAAUCGAUAAAUGCGAUGCCGCUAGCUACUGCUGCGAAAUAUUUCGCAACUUGACCAUGGUGAUACUUAAAAUGAAGUAUAAUAAUCACGAAGAUAUCAAGAAUGACACGCAAAGUCACCAAGAAUCCAAAGUUAGUCGUGAGUCGCUUUACAAGAUUAAUAACGGGAAUGUCCAUUUUAACUUGUUUUCCUUGGUCACGGAAUUGGACCAUUUGAACCCCUUGACUUCGCCAACUCAAACACAUCAACAGCAACAGCAACCGAAUGCAAAAACCAAUGCAAACACCAAUGCCAAUGCACGUGGCAAGCCAUCUGUGUUUGAACAUUUACAAAACUUCAAUUUCCCCCCAGCAAAGCAGAACCCAAUUCCAGCGCCAGCGCCAUCGCAAGCGUCAGCGCAACCAACAGCGAUGGAAACGUUGUCGGCGGCGGCCACGUCCCCGAUCCCCAAAUGGGAAAACCUCGAUUGGAACGAUGACGACUUGGACUAUUUCUUCAAGGAGUUGGACCAUCUACUGGAGCGCUCGAGCCCCGGCGCGAACAGAGAGGGCAAGAUGACGUUUGAGUUGAUGCACAAUAUGCCCAACGAGAAGAUUUGGGACGAGUUUUUCACGCUGAAGUGA